UUCCCUUUUUUUUAAAAUCUUCCUUUCCUUUUUCCUAUCCUCUUUCCCCUCAGGUGGAGGUGAGGGCCCGGCCUUUGGAAAGUGGCAUUCCCUCAUGUCCCCCCCUUUGCGAGCCUGGGGAAAGGGAGCUCAGGGCCUGACAUGCGCCUCCUCCUCGUGCGUCGCUGCUAUCCAUCCAUCCAUCCAUCCAUCCACAUCCAUCCAUCCUCGCCAACGGCCUUUCCCUUCCUAUUGGGGGGGGGGGAGGAGGGGGAGAUCCUCGGGCGCUCUGCCCAUGCUCAGAGGCCUCCUUUCCCCGACUCCCCUUGGCCUCCCUACUACUCCUUGUAGUUCUUCCUCCGCGUCCCCGGAGGUCGCUUCUCGGCCUUUUUGUGUCGGGCUCCGGUUUCGGUUUCCAGCGGGGCGGCUCUUCCCCGUCUUCCCGGCGGCGGCUUCUUCUUCUUCUUCGCGCCAAGGCGGGGUGGGGGAAAAAAAAAACCCUGUUUGCAAGCAAUGGGGGAGGCCGCGCAGGCAUUCGCGGCCCUUCGGAACCAGCUGGUCACUGCCUUGAUCCAGAAUCCUUCCGAACAGAACGCCGAACUGUUGCAGCGCCUGGUGGAAGCGCCUUUGUCUCCGGCCCAGAAAUACCUGAAAAUCGACCCGAAGGGCAUUUUGCGAGCCAAUGUCAAGGAGCAGAUCCAGGUAGAUCUCCGCAUGAUCUCCACCGCUUUCCAAAUCCUGGAGAAAUACGGCCGGAAUCUUCUGAACCCUCGCAAACCUUAUUUUUGGCGAAUGGUCAAAUUUAACAAUCCGGUGUUCCGAGAUACGGUGGACACUAUCCAGGGUGGGCGAGACGUCCUCCGGCUGUACGGCUAUUCGGAACAAAAGACCGACGGGCUUUACUUCCCAGAUUCCCAGGCCGAGCCAGACAUUCCUCAAGUGGCAUCCGUCACCGUGGACGUCAUGCUAUUCCGCGCAGAGCUGACCCUUGUCCUUUCGGAAACGCACCCCAACCCUCAGGUGUUGCAAGAAUUAAUGGACCAGGUGUUACAGAUCCAAAGGGCGGCCGAUGCUGGAUCCCCGAGUCCACUUUUAGCCAUGAUUCACGCAGGAAAUCUGCCUCCAGACACCUGCCUGCUUUGUGGUUUAGAAGCCCCGUCUCAGCACUGUGCGGCUUGCAAUCAGAGUUUGUGUCCUAACUGCGAUUGGCUGUUCCAUAAGCAUCCUUCCCGGACGCAUCACCAUCGGGUGCCAACCAAGAACCCUAGCCGAGCGUGGCAGAGUCCUCCACCGCCCCCCAACCCCAGCCUCUGUAGCAUCCCCUCGGAAACAACUUCCCUACGACCCCCCAGCCUCCCCCCGCUCUCAUCUUCCCGUGCCAUCCCCAGUCCGCGUCCACCCUGGCGGUGCGCAGCUUGUCAGAAGAACAACGAGGCCUCCUCCAUCCUCUGCACCAAUUGUGACCGGCCUCGGGGGUGUAAGACCCCCCAGAACCUCGGCCUGGACGACGAACUGACCAGCCCGGGCCAACUGGCCAGAGGACGCUGGGCCUGCCAAACCUGCACCUUUGAGAAUGAGUCGGCCACAGUCCUGUGCGCCGUCUGCGAGAGGCCACGCCUAGCUGGGAGACCGGGCACCGGCGAUGCGAAGCCCCUGAUAGCCUGGGGGGAAGAGGGCGGAUCCCAGCAGGAAGAUGCCCCCAGCUGGCAGUGUGAACACUGCACUUUCCGCAACAAUGGCAGCGGACGGAUCUGCGAGAUGUGCCACUGCACCAGCCUGCACGGCGAUCCCCAGCCCCCCAGCCUUGCCCGGACGGAGAAAGAGGAGGUGGGCAGGCUGAAGCGAGAGGUGGUGGAAUCCCCCGGGGAGUCCCAGGGUCUGUGUCGAGCCCCAUCGGCCUCGUCCGAGGAAGUAGAGCAUCAGAGGCAGGAGAAGCUGCGGGACGACGGGCAGAAGAUGGUGGCCAUGAUCAGGGAGGCGGAAAGCGUGGGCGUGGCCCCCGAAAUGGUGGCGGCCGCCUUGUGCUACUCGGGAGCUGAGGUGCCCCUGGCCUGGCUGAAAUCGGAGCUGCCCUGUGUCCUGGAAGGGAUGGCGGAAGUGGCCACUCAGCGAGGCGAGGAGGACCCUGACGGUGGGCUGGGUGCCAUAACCCUCCAGGAAGUCCAAACCGCCUGGGUGGCCAGCCAGGGUGACGUAGAUGACGCCGUCGUUCGAUGCCUCAGUGCCCGUCGGAGCAAGGUGACGGAGUUGAAGUCCCUGGGCUUUGAGGAGCGGGGCCCUGUCUUACAGGCCCUGUACGAGAACAACGGCGAUUUAUGGCGGGCCCUGGUGCAGCUGCAGCGUGCCCGCCUGGCACCUUUUCACAAGCGGCUGUGGGAGAGCGAAGACCCUCCGAUGAACUUCCAGAGCGCCGACCGACAGGCGCUGCUGCGGCGUCUCCUGGCCUCCCUGUCUUUGCCCAGCUGGGGCCGGGCCGAACUGGUGGUCUCCUUGAUGCUGGAGCAGCCGAACGAAGGCUGGGAGCUCUCAGACAUCGUGGAAGCCGUCAAGGCCUCCCCGAACCGCGACUUCAUCAAACGCUUGCUCAGCUGGGAGUGCGCCGUCUGCAGCCUGGCUUUGCCGCGGAACAAGAUGCAGUCUCUAACGUCGUGCGAGUGUACGAUUUGCCCUGAAUGUUUUGCUUUGCACUUCACCAUCGCCGUAAAGGAGAAGCACAUCACGGAUUUGGUGUGUCCAGCCUGCAACGAGCCGGAGAUCAGUGAUGAGACCGAACUUCUAAAUUAUUUCUCUACUCUUGAUAUCCAGUUGCGCAGUUGUUUAGAUCAAGAGACGUACGACCUCUUCCAUAAGAAGCUGACGGAACACGUCCUUAUGCAAGACCCCAAGUUCCAGUGGUGCACCCAUUGCUCUUUCGGCUUCAUUUACGAAUCGGAGCAGCUGGAAGCCAAAUGCCCACAAUGCCGGAAAUGUUUCUGUGUCCUUUGCAAGCGCCAGUGGGAGCCACAGCAUCAGGGCAUCACCUGCGAAGCCUUCCUGGAAUGGAAACGAACCAACGACCCUGAAUACCAGGCGCAAGGCUUGGCGAUGUAUCUCCAGGAGAAUGGCAUCGCUUGUCCCAAAUGCAAGUUCUCGUAUGCCUUGGCUCGAGGGGGAUGCAUGCACUUCCAGUGUUCGCAGUGCAGGCACCAUUUCUGCAGUGGCUGUUACGGAACCUUUUAUGCCUCAAAUUGUCCAAUCCCGCACUGCCCGAUCCGGCGGUCCCUACAUGGCCACCAUCCACGUGACUGCCUCUUCUACCUGCGCGAUUGGUCCGUGCCACGUCUCCAGAAGCUCCUCCAGGAUAACAACAUUGCUUUCAACACGGACCCUCCAGCAGGCACUCGGGCCACUCCCGGAGGUGGAUGUCGGGUUAUGGAGCAGAAGGAAACCCUCGACGGCUUGAAGGAUGAACCGUGUGGCAAAGAGACGCCAGCCGGAUAUGCCGGCCUUUGCGAGUGAGUAAAACCCCUUGAUGGGGAGA